UGUCUGUCUCUCUGGAUAUCUAUUUAUCGGUCACCCAGCUGGUGUGUGAUGUGAUUUGAACCAACCAAUGUAGCACACAUACAUAUUAGGCAUGUCAGACAUCACGUGCAUCAACAAUACGUACGUCACGCACCCGAUAUUCAUCGUCACUGCGACACGUUCACAUGAUGGAUGGGCGAGGUAGGUUCCUUCCUUCCCAGCCUUCCAAGAAAGCUCAGCAAAGCGCCUGCCGCUCGCGCGCAACCGACGGCAGAGGGAUUGCUCGAGCUGCCCGAAGGGGUGGGAGGGAGGGGACGGCCACACACCAUCACACACACACACACACACACUUGACAAACCAACCGACCCACCAGUGAGUGAUAUGGGUGCGGUGCCAGAAAACAUCCAUGAUACAUACCAUUACAUCAUUUGUGUGAAAGACGCCCACACACUAUCACGUGCAGGCAGGCAGGCAGGCAGGCGAGCUAAGAGAACAACUAUGUCGGCCGCCACUGUACACGAAACCACACACACCCCGCCACGCUAUGCUACCCUCUCAGGCCAUCCAUCCAUCAGUCUAGCUCCUGAGUGUGUUGCCCUGCAGCACACUUGCCCGGAUCUCCUCACCCAACGCAGACAACGGACCCUGCACACACACACACACACAUGCGUCUCUCUCUGUGUGUGUCUGUGUGUCUGUGUGUGUGUGUCCAUACCUCUUCGUAAGGGUGGAAUACGGUGGUGGUGCCGCGGCCGGUGGCCAAAUCCUUGAGCAUGUCGAAAUACUGAGUCACCAUCACCUGCACAUUCACACACACAUAGAUGGAUGGAUGGAUGGACGGACGUGGUGUGUGGUGUGAAACCCCACCAGGUCGAGGAUCUGCUUGUGGUCCACUCCCGAGUCGCCGCUCUUCUUGAUGUCAUCGAUUUCAUGCUGCAUUCAUCGCACACGCACACACAGGUGUGUGUGUGCAGACAGACAGGCGACGGGAAGUCCUAUGUGUGUUGUGUUUACCUGGAAGUCCUGCACACUGGUUUUUAGGCCCUUGACGAUGGCCGCACGCUGGCGGGCCACACCCCUACCCUGCACACAUCCAGCCAUCCAUCCAUGAGACACACACACGGGUGAAUAGACGCCUUGUGUGUCUUUGGGUGUGUGUCUGCCCAUGUUGAGUGGCGUGCCUGUAGGUAUUUGCUCUCCAUGUCGGCCUCUGCACGCUUGACAGUCUCGAUGUAUGCCGCCUGCACACACACACACUCCCUCCCCCGUCCGCCCCAGAGCAACAGGUAGGUAACAAGUGAUGUACCGCAGCUUUCUCCUCAGCAGCGAUGCGGAGCCGCCUGUUGGCAUUGAUCUCGUUCAUGGCCCCCUUGACACGGUUGUCGGGCGACACGUCGACCACCAAUGCGUGCAGGAUCUGGAAACCUGCACACCAUGGGCACACACACACACACACCAGAGAGAGAGAGAGAGAGGGAGAGGGCCUGCGUGUGGGUGAGGGUGAGACGGAGGUGUGUGUGUUUACUUACCGUAUUCGUCCAUUUGCUUCUGGAGCUCUUCCGAGACCGACUUGGCGAUCUCGUCCUUGCUCUCUGGACAGCCACCAACAGCACAGGCACACACACCAGACAGACAUGAAGCACACAUGUUUCGGCAUCGAUGCCUCUCUCUCUGUGAUGCGAUGCGCACCGAAGACCUCAUCGAGGAACUGUUUCGGGACGGUCGAUCUGACCACGUCGAACACGUAGCUGUUGAUCUGCGCAACGGGGUUGUCCAGUUUGUAGUACGCCUCAUAGACUUUGUCUCCUGAGUGAGUGGAGUGGGCGGCAGAGGGAGAGAGGGAGAGAGGGAAUCAGAUCAGAUGAGAUCAGACCACACACAACCAUACACACACACACACACACAUCCACGCAUCCACCCUGCGCAGUGGCCCUCUGUGUCGGUGCGUGUGCUUCCUUCCUUGCGUACUCAUGACGGCGAACUGCACGGCCACGACCAUCUGCACGAACACAUUGUCGCGCGUCUUGGUCUCGACCUAACACAACGCAACGCAACACACGAACCGAAGCGCCACAUCAACCAAACCACCGCACCACCCCUCCCCUGCCCUCCCGCUGCGCUGCCCCGGUUCUCUCCCUCAGUCACUCACCGCCACGUCGAGCUGCUGCACGCGCAUAUUGACUUUGCCCGCCACGGCGCACACCAACGGCACGCCCACACAGUUGCAGCCGGGAACUGCCUCCUGCACGCACAGCACACAGUGGACGGACACAGCACACGCAUCCAUCCAGUCUUAUGCAUCUGUCUGUGUAUCGCGCGCUGCGCAGAUGGGCACAUCGCAUCCGUGCAGCUGCCUGUCCGUGCACGGGGCAGUGCGACGUCCGUCUGUGUACCCAGCUACCUACCUUGUGGAACUUGCCGCAGCUCUCGACGAGGUAGAUGCUGUCCUGCGGCACACACGCCACGCAACCCAUUGUCUUGUCUUGUGCACGCACGACCGGCUGUCAGAUCUAUCUAUCCACACAAACAAACUAGCGCCCCGUCGGGUACCCGACGCCGUUCUCCCUCAAACCACUGCGAGC